GUGGUGUUACAUUGGACGUCUAUGAUUAGCCAUGACACGUGUCUAUCACACUAAACCUUGCGAAAUAAUAACAUUUCAGCCAAAGGACUCGUCUCAUUUCUGACAAGUUUUUACAAAUAGCCAAUUAAUACCUGAGGGGCCGGACAAUGAAUAUCUACCUCGCCCAGGCUAUAUGUUAUUGAUAAUGGUACGCUGCUAAGAUAUGUAUUUUUCGUGUGAUACGACCUGUCUCUGGGGUUCACAGUAGAAUAUGUUUUGGCAAGAGGAACUGGAGGAUAUCGAUUGCGAAUUCCACUAUUCUUCAAAUCCAGAGAUAAUAAAUCUGUUGGUUUGUAGGUACCAGACGUGUGCUGAAAUGGGUCGGUUCCUUAAUGUGCUCCGCAGCUGGCUGGUAAUUGUGUCAGUGAUUGCCUUGGGAAAUUCAGUCCAGAGUUUUCGGGAUCACAGCUUCCUCUCGGAGAAACUAUACACCGGAAUGCCAGAGUUUGUAAAUGGUCUUCAAGCUCGAACCUUUGGAAUCUGGACCCUUCUCUCCUCUGUCAUUCGAUGUGCCUGUGCAGCGGACAUACAGAACAAAACAUUGUAUCACAUCACACUGGGUACCUUUGUUCUGGCUCUUGGUCAUUUCCUGUCCGAGGCGUUUAUUUACAAAACUGCUCCACUGACAAUUGGUGUUAUGGCACCUCUAAUAGUAGCAAGUGUUUCUAUCGGUGGGAUGCUGAUUGGUUUUCAGUGUGUGGCAGAGCCAGAGGAAGUGAUGGGAGCCCGUCAGAAAAAAAGAAACUGAAUGUCUGGGAGGGGGGGAUGGACAGUAGAAGGUUCAGGAAAAAAUGUAAUUACUGUGCACAUCUUAACCUAUCUAUAUAUAUAUAUAUAUAUAUAUAUAUUAA